AUGCUUUCUUCGAUCUUGCUAACUGCGAGUGCACUAACUCUAACAUGCGCGCAACAAUUGCUUCGCGACCCAGGUAUCGCAGGGCCACCUCUCGAGAUUGCACAUCUCUACAAUGACCAAUGGCCCACAGGCAUAACAGUAUCGCGCACCGGCCGCAAGUUCUCCAACUACCCCGGCGGCCUCGACGCCAACAACACAAACACAGGCACAAACAACAAAUACACAGUCGCAGAACUAACUUCCAACAACACCGAAACCCCCUACCCAAACGCCGAAAUCAACAACCCCCCAGGCGGAGCAAUAAACUACACCACCACGCCCCCCACAGGCGCAAACUACCAAACUCACCUCAUCGGCGUGCAAAGCGUCGUCCUGGACCCUCUAGACCGCCUCUGGAUCCUCGACACAGGCCGCGUCUUGACCGAAGAUGGUACGCUCGUCCUUGCUAGCUACGGGGGCCCGAAACUCAUCGCCGUGAGCCUCGAUUCAAAUACCGUACUCAAGACGAUAGUCUUCCCAACCACCGUCGCGUUCCCGGACACGUACCUCAACGACGUGCGCUUCGACUUGCGCGCGCAGCUCACUGCGUCGGGGGAGGGCGUGGCGUACAUCACCGACUCGAGCAGCGAGGGGCGCAACGGCAUCAUUAUCGUGGAUCUAGGUACCGGCGAGAGCUGGCGCCAUCUAGACAACAUCCCUGAAGUGCGUCCUGAGCGCGGCGUCGUGCCGUACGUAUGGGGACAGCCCGUGUACUACAUCCCCGGUCCGGGCAUGCCAGUCACGACUGCGCCGCUGGGCAGCGACGGCAUCGCACUGUCUGCUGAUGGCGAGGAGCUGUACUUCGGCCCUGUUGGUGGACGCGGACUGUUCAGCGUAUCGACCAAGCGACUACGCGAUCGCAGCGCGAGCUCGGAGUUACUAGCCCAAGCUGACGUGCGGCGUCGCGGACAAAGGGGUAUAAGCGACGGCUUCGAGACAGACACCAAUGGCUUCAUCUACGCGGGCAAUGCGGAGCAGAAUGAGAUCGGGUUUUAUAACCCACUGAACGCGUCUAUGACGAUGUAUGUGCGUGAUCCUAGGAUCAGCUGGGUCGAUACGAUGUCCGUGGCGAGUGAUGGGUAUUUGUACUUUACGGCCAAUCAGUUUGCGUUUCUGAAGAUUUUUUUCCCGGGGACGGAUAGGAGACAGAGGCCGUUUCCGCUGUUUAGAGUGAAGCUGCCAGGGAACGGGACGCGGGUGAAUUUGCAGUAGGCUUUGCACUCUUAGUAAAGAAGGUUGGAAAGGCGUUGUCGUGGGUACAAGAGCAGAAUCAAACAGUACCUGUGAAAAAGAGCAUGAAUACCUGAUGAUACGCAUAUCUACAACCAUCCGAUCUUUUCCCCACAUCCUAGCACCCUUCCUAUGUUUUUCCAAACACAAACACCCCCUUGCCUUCCCGAUAACCCUCCAACGUACUCUUGACCUUUGCAAUCAGCUCCUCGCCCUUGGUCUCCCACUCCCACCUAAUCUCAUCGACGGGAAUAUCCCUAAACUCGCCCUUGCGCGUCAUCUCCAACACAUCC